AGUUGAUUGGUCGCUAGGAUAUUAGGCGAUUACUCAACUAAACUUUUCGUACCCAGGAUUUACUAACUUAUCAUUCGUUCAUUACAUUAUUUUCAUUUCAUGUUCGUACAAUUACUUGUUGUAGUCAAUCCACUUGUUUUGUCUUCCAAGCAUAAACAAAAAGACCUAGAGGUAGUCGUGAGUUAUGAUUUUAAAAUAACUGCCCACUGCAAUACAGCAUCCUCUGUUGGUUUCCGAGUAUUACGGUCUCUUCGCAUAGCUUUAAAAUGUAUCGCUAAAGAUGCGUUUCAGAUUUUAUAUCUUGUCUAUAUGAGACUCAUAUAGAAUACUGGAUCAAAAUGGAUACUUAAGCAGCUAGCUCAUGUCUAAUGAAGGGUGCCGAGACACGUGAGCGUGUUCAACGUAUGAAAACUAAGUUGUUGACAAGUCUUUGUAAAGCGCUGCAGCGAGCUAUUAAAGAGAUUGAACCUUUCCCCCUAAUCUAAUUAUGGAGUUCGAGGUAACCUUGUAUUGACAUUUAAUGUCAAUACAGUUUUGUAUCCCAAAUUAUGAUUUAGGUUUAAACGCAUGCUGUAUUUUCUGUCUUUCAGGGAAUAAUCAUCUGUGAGGCCACAGCAAGAAGCGUUCGGGAGCUGCAGUAGAACAAACUCAGUUUCGGGUUCCUUGUUUCUAAUCUUGUGGCCGACGAUUAGAACUCCCUACCCAAGCAAAUUGUAUCAGCUCCAUUGUCGAACAUUUUAAAGGAAAAACUGCAUCGCUAGAAGACACCUCAAAAACUAGCACGGGCUAAUAAGUCUAUUCUUACUACCGAAGACUUUUGUGUAGCAGUUGCCAGAAUUUUACUGUGAUGAGCAAUGAAGGAGUAUCUUUUUCAAAACUAAAUAGCUCCAAUCUGUUAUUAACUACUUGUCAACCAAAGGAUUUGGAUGAUGAUAUGAGUGACAAUAGACUAUUAAAGCUGAAGAUAUUAGAAAUUUCAUCAGAAUUACAGAGGAAUAUGAUUUAUUUCAAUCGACGUUUAGGAAUGUUUGGCGUUUUAUGGUGCAGAAGGAAUAUGCGUAUCCCACUUUUCAGUCUUUUAACGCUCUGGUAUAAAUGGAAUCGACUGGUACUUUCAAAGAUCUAACGAAAUUUUUUGCUUGAACUUUGGGAUAUUGAUGUUUAGGACCAGUGAACAAGUAUUUAAACGCUGUGCAUGUAGUGGUCAAGUUUUUAAGUAAAUUAUCGGACUUGUCUUCAGUAGUCAGUUGAGAAAGUCAUACUUUAGAUAUCCGUAAAAUCUUUAGCUGAAUCAUGGAUCAUCCACUCUCACUGUAAAGAAGCUCAAAAGUUAUCUAUUUAGGAUUUUCAUCUGUAAUCUGCAAACUACAACAUCUGUAAGUUUUACGUUUGUAUUCAGCAAUGUGUUCGUCUGAACUAGUGCUAGGAAAUAAAGUAGUUGAACUCAUCAACCGCUCCAUUUAUCUUGAGAUUCUCAUCAGUACUGAUGGUCUGGUGUCUCACAAAAUCCAGGCAAAAUUCAGAAGACUCGAUCGGCUUUCGAUAACUCGUGUCACUUUUACCGUAGGUGAGAUAUCCGUCUGCCAACCAAACGGCGAGUUUACCAUGCAGCAGCUCGCUCUGUACUUCUUCAUGGAUACGAAGAAUGAUCAUUAAGAGUAGAAGAUAUUAGUGGGUUACUGGUAUUCGAUCAUAGGUGUCCACGAAGCAUAGCCCGUGUAUUUUGGGACCAGAGUAAGUAAUGCCUGGAUUAGGAAUAGGGUAAUAGGUAAGGAUGUCAAAUCGAUGGACGAGAUAAUAAAUCUUGAUCAAUUGAGGUGGUUGCGACAUUUGUCACAUAUGCCAAACCACUACCUACCUCGACGAGUGAUGUUUCCUGGUGCAGGAAUAGGCUGGAAAAAAACUAUAGGGGCCAAACCAAAACAUGGAAUCAGUCCAUGAAGUCACUGGUAAUUAAACUUAGCAAUGGUAAUAAAUAUAGGCUACCUGGUUUGGGUAUGCGUGACUAUUGUAACCAGUGGUUGCAGACUUUGAAUGUUAUGGUCCAAAAUCGUCUGCAAUGACGCAGGUGCAUCCAUUCGUUGUCUGUCCCUAAGUUCUGAACUUCUAGAUCCGUCAUAAACAUUUUCGUGUUUUUGUUCCACUAGUUUAUAUUUUCUUUUUAAAUCGCAUCGUUAAUGCCUAAUCUUUCUAAUUACCACUGAUACUGUUACUACCUCUACGAUUCUGGGAUUUGACCUGACGAUUUGAUCUUUCUGUGCUAAGGGGUACGGCAACUCCAAUCGAUGUACAUACGUACCAGGCUAUAUGUUGUGAUUGAUAAACUGACUUUACCAUAGUAAUAAGAUCUAAUAACUUCGAAUUCCUAACUGAAACAAUGAACUCGAAUUAUCAGUAUCACCAUUGAAGCAGUAAUUGAUCCAGUAGAUGUUUAUGACUAUUUCUGAGUGCCAGUACUUUCUUACAUACUUACACCUGUUACCCAUCGUUUAGGAGCAUAGGCAGCCCACCAGCAUUUUCCAUCGAACUCUGUCCUUUGAAAUUCUUCGCAGUUGUUUUCAGUUGCUAUUCGUCCUUUUGAUGUCUACUUCCAAUUCUCGGCACAAUGUGUUCUUUGGCUUUUAUCUAUUGCGUUAGAGCUUGCCUUGUAAUGAAGUUUGAUGAUUUCCUCAAUGUUUGUUUUAUCCACUUUCAUCGUCUUUUCUUAAUUUGGUUGGUUGGUUUGUUCUCACCCACAGUAGACUGUUGCCGAUGAUAUCUGAUUAACAGAUAUUGAGUAUCUUGCGUAGACAAUUGUAUAUAUGUACUUGCUUUUUUGUGAUUGUCGGGGUAGUUCUCCAAGAUUCAGCUACGUGCAUUAGAACUGUCUUGACGUUCUUAGUGAAGAUUCUCAGUUUGAUGUUCACUUGCAGACAGCCGUUUUGAUUUCCAUAUGUUCUUCAACUGUAGGAAAGCUGCUCUCACUUUGCCAGUCCUCGCCUUUACGUGUGCAUCAGAUCCUUGUUCAUCGGUGAUGCUGCCCAGGAAUGUGAACGUUUCCACCUCUUCCAGUGUUUCUCCGACAACUGUACCCGACCUUUGUUGCUACCUUGAUGUGGUGGUCGGGCUUGCCUAUCGUGAUGAAGCAACCGAGCUAUACUGGCUGGAACAACCGUUCCUCAAGGUCCUACCUUGUCAUACAGGUCGGUUGAUGAGCAGUAAGACUAAAAGCAACAAAACCAAGAUCCGAAGGCGAAGUCGUACUGCUGACUGUACAGAGGUGUGACAGCAGUAAGGCGUUUCCUUCAGACAACCAGCAUGACAGCGAUGCUGCCUUCCCACAAGGAGGGGUGGGGUUAGAAAAGGUCGACCCUAAAAAUGCACACCUCGCCUUAUCUCACGGAUAUCCGUCUCCGGCGGUAAGGUCUCAACAAGUACGGAGCUAACACAAAAAUUGCCCACAAAAAGGUCGUGUGUGACCGACCUCAAGCAGUUGUCCCUUGGGCACU